GUAACGUGUUGAUGACUGCAUGGUCUAAAGGCCGUUAACGUUUGGUAGCUGUCUGGUUUUUCACGAAAAGCUCAAACGUUUACUUGCAGGUUUAGUCUUCAGUGCAAGGAGGGUUUCAAAAUGGCGUCCGUGCACCCAGUUGCGGACCCGACACAGGAACAGAAAGGCCCGAUGGCGAUGGCGGGCCAGUACCCGCCUGUAGCUGGACCUGCGUUUCCAGCCAUGCCUAUGCAACCACAGGUGAUCCCCCACCAGCCCGGCGGGUACGUGACCACUAUGGGCCCGCAGAAACGUGAGUGGAGCAGCGGUCUUGGUGCGUGCUGCGACAACCCCAACAGCUGUUUGUUGUCCUUCUUUUGCGCUCAAUGCUACACCUGCCACCUACUCCCUCGCAUGGACGAGAAUUGUUGGGUCGGUUGGAUGGGAUGGCCAUGGCCUCCUUUGGGGUAUGGUAUUUUCGGCAUGAGGGUCAAGAUGCGGGAGCAACACAACAUACACGGUGACCUGUGCACCGACGCCUGCACCUCAAUCUGGUGCCCCUGGUGUGCUCUCGCGCAAAUGUCUCGCGAGAUGGAUUACGUCAUCGAGCAGCCUGCCAUGGCGCGCCAGUAGAGGGGAGACCACCACUGACUAAUCUCCAAGCAGAUCCUACGGUAGCAUAAGAUAGUAUUAAAAGCUGCCAGAGGAGUGAAGCCGGCUUAGGAGUGUGUUUCGCUACAGGGCAAAUGG